UUUGAUGACGCAAGUUGUAAAUUAAUUCAAAAGUAAGUAUGUGCACUGGUAUCUAGCAACAUUGUGCAAAUGCAAACAAACAAAACCAAAAUGCUAAGAUUCAUUUAGUUGAGAGUUGUUUACCUGUUUGUGAAAGUAUUUAUUAAAAUGAAUGACGAAAUUUUGUUGAGUUAUAUUGAACAGCAUCCAGAGCUAUAUUCUAAAAGUAAUCCAUAUUACAAAUACAUUGAAAUAAAACGCGGUUUAUGGGAGCUCAUUGGAAAGGAGAUGAACAUGAGUGGAGAAUUGUGCUUAAGACGAUGGUCAGCUUUACGCGAUCGUUACAGUAGAGAACUUCGAAAAUCGAUUGCCCCACCAGGCAGCGGGGUUUAUAUGCACAUACGUAUAUUGGAAAAAAAUAUAGUUAGGAGUAUAUAACCAUACAUAUGCACACAUAUACAAUGCUAAAGUAAAUAAACACAUUAGUAUAUAUAACUAGUAUAUAAGCAUUCUCU